UGUCAAUUCUUACCGACCAAGACCUUUUAUCCACAACCAUCAAGCUCCACGUGUCCUUCUUCAACCCAGCAAAACCCAAUUCCCUCUUAAACCUCGUUUCUCUCUCACACAGUCUCACAGUACCAAUCCACUGAACAACAGCAUCAACAACAAUCCAUCUGUUUCUUCUUCUUCUUCUUCUUCACCUUCAAGCUCAACCACCGCAAACCAUCAAUCACAGUCCUCCCAAAAGCUCAUGCGAACCAUAACACCACAACCCCAAUGCCCGAAAUGACCCUCUCCUACCACCACCACUCUCUCUCCCCACUCCUCCUUCGCACCCACCAACCCACCAACCCCAAUUAUCACAAUUUCCCCUUUCCCGCCAAAAAAUUCAACUUCUCCGACCACAGGAGACGACUCCUCUCCUCCAGCGCCGUAAGACCCAGAGCCAAGGCCAGAGAGCUCAUCCUCGGAAACCCAUCAGUCACCGUCGAGAAAGGAAAGUACAGCUAUGACGUCGAGACCCUAAUCAACAAGCUCUCGAGCCUCCCACCUCGAGGCAGCAUAGCUCGAUGCCUCGACGCCUUCAAGAACAAGCUCAGCCUUAACGACUUCUCUCUCGUCUUCAAGGAGUUCGCUCACCGCGGCGAUUGGCAGCGAUCACUCCGUCUCUUCAAGUAUAUGCAGCGCCAGAUUUGGUGCAAGCCCAAUGAACACAUAUACACUAUCAUGAUUGGCGUGUUGGGUCGCGAGGGCUUGCUCGAUAAGUGCCGCGAGGUGUUCGACGAUAUGCCGAGCCACGGUGUGGCUCGCAGUGUCUUCUCUUUCACCGCAGUCAUCAAUGCCUAUGGCCGAAAUGGGCAGUACGAAACCUCCUUAGAGCUUCUCGAGAGGAUGAAGAGAGAGAAAGUCUCGCCCAGCAUUUUGACUUACAACACUGUGAUCAAUGCUUGCGCGAGAGGUGGGUAUGACUGGGAGGGGCUAUUGGGUUUGUUUGCUGAAAUGCGACACGAAGGUAUACAACCUGAUCUUGUUACUUAUAAUACUCUGCUUAGUGCUUGUGCAAAUAGGGGUUUAGGGGAUGAGGCGGAGAUGGUGUUUAGGACAAUGAAUGAAGGUGGGGUUGUACCAGAUAUUACCACGUAUAGUUAUUUGGUUGAGACUUUUGGAAAAUUGGGUAAGCUGGAAAAGGUUUCCGAGCUUCUUAGGGGGAUGGAGUCCGGAGGGAAUUUGCCAGAGAUAACUUCGUAUAACGUGUUAUUAGAGGCUUAUGCACAUUUGGGGUCGAUCAAGGAGGCAAUGGGUGUGUUUAGGCAAAUGCAGGAGGCAGGUUGUAUGCCAAAUGCCGCUACUUAUAGUAUUUUGUUGAAUUUGUAUGGGAAGCAUGGGAGGUAUGAUGAUGUUCGCGAACUUUUUCUUGAGAUGAAAGUGAGCAACACCGAGCCGGAUGCGGCUACUUAUAAUAUUCUUAUAGAGGUUUUUGGAGAAGGUGGAUAUUUUAAGGAGGUGGUGACUUUGUUCCAUGAUAUGGUGGAGGAGAAUGUUGAGCCGAAUAUAGAGACGUAUGAAGGAUUGAUAUUUGCUUGUGGAAAGGGAGGGCUUCAUGAGGACGCAAAGAAAAUUCUACUUCAUUUGAAUGAGAAAAGGUUAGUGCCAACUGCGAAGGCUUACAAUGGGGUUAUUGAAGCGUAUGGACAAGCUGCGUUGUACGAGGAAGCUGUUGUUGCCUUUAACACAAUGAAUGAGGUGGGGAGCAAGCCGACAGUGGAAACGUUUAACUCUUUGAUUCACACAUUUGCAAGAGGGGGGCUUUACAAGGAAUCUGAAGCGAUCCUGUCAAUAAUGGGUGAAUGUGGUGUUGCACGGAACAGGGAUUCGUUUAAUGGUGUGAUUGAAGGAUUUAGACAGGGUGGACAGUUUGAAGAAGCUAUAAAGGCUUAUGUUGAGAUGGAAAAGGCUAGAUGUAAUCCCGAUGAGCGCACCCUUGAAGCAGUCUUGAGUGUUUACUGCGUUGCAGGUCUUGUUGAUGAAAGUGAAGAGCAGUUUCGGGAAAUUAAAGCAUCGGGCAUAUUACCCAAUGUCAUGUGCUACUGUAUGAUGCUGGCAGUUUAUGCAAAGAGCGACAGGUUUGAUGAUGCAUAUGACUUGCUGAAUGAGAUGUUUACAAAUAGGGUAUCCAAUAUUCAUCAAGUGAUUGGACAAAUGAUCAAUGGAGAUUAUGAUGAUGACUCGAACUGGCAGAUGGUGGAGUAUAUCUUUGACAAACUCAACUCGGAAGGCUGUGGGUUGGGAAUGAGGUUCUAUAAUACACUUUUAGAAGCACUUUGGUGGCUGGGCCAGAAGGAACGGGCAGCCAGAGUUCUCAAUGAAGCAACAAAGCGGGGGCUUUAUCCCGAACUAUUGCGUAUGAACAAACUUGUUUGGUCUGUGGAUGUGCACAGGAUGUGGGCAGGUGGUGCAUGCACAGCAAUAUCAGUUUGGCUCAACAAUAUGUAUGAAAUGUUCAAAAGUGGGGAGGACCUUCCUCAAUUAGCAAGUGUCGUCGUUGUAAGGGGACAGAUGGAGAAGAGCUCAAUAACACGAGAUUUUCCUAUUGCGAAGACUACCUACUCUUUUCUGAAGGAUAAUGUUUCACCAUCUUUUGUUUUCCCUGGGUGGAACAAGGGGCGGAUUAUCUGUCAGCGGCCUCAGCUCAAACGGAUUCUAUUGGGUUCUGAACAAUCUUCAGGAGGGUCCAAAAAGGAUAAGCUAAUUACCUUGAGCAACUCUCCGUCUCCUCUUUCCGGGACAAGAACAUUGAAAAGUGAUACGAAGAGAGACCAACAUGGUAGUGCUAAAACUGAAACAAGAACUAGAACGGCAGUGCAGCUCAUGACAAGCGCAGUUUAAACAGAUAAAACAAAAUCUGCAUCUCAUUGUUCAGGGCUGCUAGGUUUUCUGCGAAUUCAUGGCCCAACUUAAAUCGGAAGAAACUGAGGAUCUGAGAAUCCUAUUCUGAUUUACACAACAAUGUUUCCUCUUGGCAGAGAAUGAUUUUGGUAUAUGUUGUGCUGAAUCUCAGCUUACCAGAUGUUGAGAAUGGCUGGAUUGCGUUUACAGUGCUCGUGACUCGGUGAAGAACAGUUGGGGUGGUUACUUGGUGGUUCGUUUGAAGCCAAUUUUGGUCCCUGGCUUUAGUAGCAUGGAAAAAUUAACAGAGGGAGAGAAGGAUUUUGAUUUUGUUCUCUCUAAAUGUACAUGUAUCCUUUUAACAUUUUUGCUAAUUCUGUUGGGAAAUGUUAAAGAAUAGAAUGUUAGAUUUGAUCCAUAUUUCAUACAAGGGAUGAUAUCUACAUGCAUUUAAUAAGAAAUUUAAAAGAAUUCACUUCAUUUAUUA